AUGGAGCACCCUCCUCCUAUAGAGAACCCUCCAUCUAUGGAGCACCCUCCUCCUAUAGAGCACCCUCCUCCUAUAGAGCACCCUCCUUCUGUGGAGCACCCUCCUCCUAUAGAGCACCCUCCUCCUAUAGAGCACCCUCCUUCUGUGGAGCACCCUCCUCCUAUAGAGCACCCUCCUUCUGUGGAGCACCCUCCUCCUAUAGAGCACCCUCCUCCUAUAGAGCACCCUCCUCCUAUAGAGCACCCUCUUCCUAUAGAGCACCCUCCUUCUGUGGAGCACCCUCCAUCUAUCGAGCACCCUCCUCCUAUAGAGCACCCUCCUCCUAUAGAGCACCCUCCUCCUAUAGAGCACCCUCCUUCUGUGGAGCACCCUCCGUCUAUAGAGAACCCUCCAUCUAUGGAGCACCCUCCUCCUAUAAUGCACCCUCCUCCUAUAGAGCACCCUCCUUCUGUGGAGCACCCUCCGUCUAUAGAGAACCCUCCAUCUAUGGAGCACCCUCCUCCUAUAGAGCACCCUCCUCCUAUAGAGCACCCUCCUUCUGUGGAGCACCCUCCGUCUAUAGAGAACCCUCCAUCUAUGGAGCACCCUCCUCCUAUAGAGCACCCUCCUCCUAUAGAGCACCCUCCUCCUAUAGAGCACCCUCCUUCUGUGGAGCACCCUCCGUCUAUAGAGAACCCUCCAUCUAUGGAGCACCCUCCUCCUAUAGAGCACCCUCCUCCUAUAGAGCACCCUCCUCCUAUAGAGCACCCUCCUUCUGUGGAGCACCCUCCGUCUAUAGAGAACCCUCCAUCUAUGGAGCACCCUCCUCCUAUAGAGCACCCUCCUCCUAUAGAGCACCCUCCUCCUAUAGAGCACCCUCCUCCUAUAGAGCACCCUCCUUCUGUGGAGCACCCUCCGUCUAUAGAGAACCCUCCAUCUAUGGAGCACCCUCCUCCUAUAGAGCACCCUCCUUCUGUGGAGCACCCUCCGUCUAUAGAGAACCCUCCAUCUAUGGAGCACCCUCCUCCUAUAGAGCACCCUCCUUCUGUGGAGCACCCUCCGUCUAUAGAGAACCCUCCAUCUAUGGAGCAUCCUCCUUCUAUAGAGCACCCUCCUGAGUCUUUAUUGUGA